GAUGGAAGAGUGACAGCUGUCAGUACUGGGGGUUGGUCAAUGAGCUGUCCGUCAGAGGAGUAGGCGGGCCUCCGGGCGGAAGUGGUGCACCGGGCCUACCGUUCGCUUUGCAGCCUCGGGCUCGAGUUGUGGCUACGGCCCGGAGCCCGGAACCAAGAUGUCAGACACGUGGAGCGACAUCCAGGCCCACAAGAAGCAGCUACACAGUCUGAGGGAGAGGCUGCAGCGGAGGCGGAGGGAGCCAGGCGCCCAGACGGAGACUGCUCAGGGGGUAGGUGCAGGCCUGCGUAGUGACAGCCCAGUCCCGCCGGCUGCCCUACCACCCACCAAACCGAGUGGCCUGGACCAGGACGAGAAGAUUGACCCCCUCCUCGAGAGGCGGCUGCUCGAGCACCUCUCCAACCAGGCUCUGCUUCUGCCCACCGACUCACUUGCCAUCCAGAACGCCUUGUUGUCGCUCCAGUGCUCGGUGACCCAGGGGAAUGUGGAGAGCCUACUGCAGAAGUUUGCGGCCCAGGAGUUGAUUGAGGUGCGAGGGGGCCUGUCCCAGGACGGCAGGCCGACCACCGUCACCUUCGCCGACCACACCAAGCUCUCGGCCAUGCUAGUGCUCCUGCCCCAGGAGGGCGAGCAGCCCCUGCCGCAGGCCGAGGGGGGCCAGAAGAGGCGGGCCCAGCCCCCGCCGGUCGGAUCCGCCCCCUCCCCGCCCGACAGGAAGCUCCCCGAGCCUGCCAAGAAGUCCCGCAAGGUGGCCUCCGAACUGGACCUGGAGAUCGAGAGGCUGCUGAACCAGCAGUCCACCAAGGAGAGGCAGAGCAAGAAGGUGAGCCAGGAGAUCCUGGAGCUGCUGAACACCAGCACAGCGAAGGAGCAGUCGAUGGUGGAGAAGUUCCGGUCCCGCGGCCGCGCCCAGGUGCAGGAGUUCUGCGACCACGGCACCAAGCUCGAGUGUAUGAGGGCCCAGGACCUGGAGCGGCCCUGCCGCAAACUCCACUUCAGGCGCAUCAUCAACAAGCACACAGACGAGUCUCUGGGUGACUGCUCCUUCCUCAACACCUGCUUCCACAUGGACACCUGCAAGUACGUGCACUACGAGAUCGACAGCUGCCUGGACACCGGCCCAGUUCUGCCCCUGGAUGGCCAGGGGUCCGACAAGCCCCUCACCCCCAGUGUGGGCACUGACCCCAGCCUGGGCAAGCUCUUCCCCCCACAGUGGAUCUGCUGUGACAUCCGGUUUCUGGACGUCAGCAUCCUGGGGAAGUUCGCCGUGGUGAUGGCCGACCCCCCCUGGGACAUCCACAUGGAGCUGCCGUACGGCACCCUCACCGACGACGAGAUGAGGAGGCUCAACAUUCCCGUGCUCCAAGAUGACGGCUUCCUCUUCCUCUGGGUCACUGGCAGGGCGAUGGAGCUGGGACGUGAGUGUUUAAACCUCUGGGGCUAUGAGAGAGUGGAUGAGAUCAUCUGGGUGAAGACCAAUCAACUGCAGCGGAUCAUCCGGACCGGACGGACUGGCCACUGGCUAAACCACGGCAAGGAGCACUGCCUGGUGGGGGUGAAGGGAAACCCUCAGGGCUUCAACCGUGGGCUCGACUGCGAUGUCAUUGUGGCUGAGGUCCGAUCCACUAGCCACAAGCCAGACGAGAUCUAUGGGAUGAUCGAGCGACUAUCUCCAGGGACCCGCAAAAUCGAACUGUUUGGGAGGCCGCACAACGUCCAGCCCAACUGGAUCACACUCGGGAACCAACUGGAUGGAAUCCACCUCCUGGACCCCGACGUUGUUGCUCGCUUUAAGAAACGUUACCCUGAUGGAGUUAUCACCAAGUGUAAGAUGGUGUGAGCUGUUUCCAGUGGGAGGUGUUUGGAGAGUUCAGGCGAGCAGAAACAACUGCUGAAUGAAGGGCAAGAGUGAAUUGUCUGUUGUGGCGGGUAAUCCCACUGCUGGUAUCUCUGUCCUCACCUCAAUGCUCACGCUGUCGAGCAAUAAAUUUUAACUCAGUGGGCAAACUCUCAAUG